AUGUCAUCGGCCGAGCUGGAGGUUUUGGAAUAUCUGAACGGGCACAAGGACGAGGUCAAGGGCCUGAAGGUUGUGCGAGUAUCUGGAAAGGAGAUCCUGUACUCCUCAUCGAAGGACAAGAAGGUUUUCAGCUGGGAUCUGCACAGCAAGAUUGACUCUGAGUUUGGCAAGAUACUUAAGUUAUAUGAAGGGGGGCAUAGCAAGAGAAUUAACGGGAUUGAUGUGUCUAAGGACGGAAGCAUGAUGGUGACUGUUGGAUCUGACGGGAUAGGGAGGAUCUGGGACACAGAGGCCAAAAAAUCAAAGCCCCUUGAGGGGCAUAGUAGAGAUGUUCUGUGUGUGAGCAUCAACAGCAACGAUACAAAGAUAGUCAGUGGGUCUGUUGACAGGACGAUGAACCUCUAUAACACAAGAGGGGAGCUGAUUGCAAAGAUUGGGAAGGAGACGGAAAAGAUGCAUCGAGGAUGGAUCAACUGUGUUGCGUUCCACCCGAUUGAGGAGAACAUUCUCGCAAGCGGAUCCACAGAUGGGACUGUGAAGAUCUGGGACUUGGAUGCUCCGGAGCACAUGCAGACAUAUCUUGGAGGGAUGUAUGUUGACUAUGAGAAGGCAAAGGAGAAGAAGGUUUCCCCUGCAGACUACGACGAGUCGAAGAGUGUCACUGCAAUGGCAUUUUCGAAGGACGGGUCGAUUCUGACAUAUGGAGAGAAGAGUGGGAAGGUAUAUCUUGUGAAGCUAGACUCCAAGGAGUGCAUACAGAGUCUUGACACGCUCAUUCCUGUUAGGUCGAUUGCAGUUGGAGAGACUGAGCCUGUGAUUGCAUUAGGGACAGAUGAGUCCGUAAUUAUUUGGGAGACAAUCAGCUCAAGGAUUAUUGCAAAUUAUAACCUUAAGGAAAUUGGAAACGGAGUUCGAUGCCUAUCCCUAGCGUUUUCUGGCAACACUCUUUAUUGCGGAUUGUCUUCUGGGACAAUUGUCCCAUUGGAGCUUAGAAAAUCGGAUUAA